AUGACUAAGAGACAAGCGGUGGAGGCGUUGGACAACAGCAUGCGUGAAAUAAUGAGCCGACCAGAAUUGCCAUUCGGUGGGAAGACGGUUGUGUUUGGUGGAGAUUUCAGGCAGGUCCUCCCUGUUGUUCGAAAGGGGUCAAGGGCUCAGAUAAUUGAUGCAUCGCUGCGUAGGUCGUACCUAUGGGAUUGCAUGCGUCACCUAAAGGUUGUACGCAACAUGAGGACACAAACUGACCCGUGGUUUGCGGAAUACCUACUGCGCAUCGGUGGUGGCACUGAGGAGGUCGAUGGUGAUGGCGAUGUAUGUCUUCCUGAUGAUAUAUGCAUGCCGUAUACAGGGGAGGACACAGACCUUGAUAAACUGAUAGACAACGUUUUUCCAAUGCUUGAUGAUAAUAUGUCGGAUCCAAACUACAUCACCUCGCGAGCCAUCUUGUCCACACGAAACGAUUGUGUGGACCAGGUUAAUAUGAAGAUGACCGAUCGCUUCCGAGGGGAGGAGGUGGUGAACAUUGACCUCACGAAAGGACUUUGCAAUGGGACGAGGUUGGUGGUCAGGGGGUUCCAGAGAAAUGCCAUCAAUGCAGAGAUUGUGCUAGGGCAACAUGCUGGAAAGAGGGUUUUUCUACCUCGGAUCCCCCUAUGCCCCUCAGAUGAUGAGAUGUUCCCUUUCCAAUUUAAAAGGAAGCAGUUUCCUGUCAGGCCCAGCUUCACUAUGACAGUCAACAAGGCACAGGGGCAGACCAUCCCCAACGUCGAUAUUUACCUGCCCGAGCCGGUGUUCUCUCACGGUCAGUUAUAUGUUACGCUAUCUAGGGCCAUCGUGAGGGCGAACAUCAGGAUUCUCGCCGUUCCGGCUAAUAACAAAAAAAAGAAGUGCUCAAAGCAAAGUGGGAUAUACACGAGGAACAUCGUCUACAAAGAGGUCCUUACGGGAUAG